GGGAAACUGAAAGCUAGAGAGAGGGCAGCAAUGGAGGGGGAGAGCAAGAGGAGCGACCUGCGGAGCCUCGUGGAAGCCAUCAAGGCUUCAGAUGAUGUGGAAACUCGAGUUUCACUUAUUAGCCAAAUUGGAGAUUUCAUAUCAAUCUGAGACAUCUGACGUAGUUUUUCUAGUCCAACAUCUUAUGACACUUUGGGUGGAGCCAGCAUGCUUGGAUAUAUCACAGUGCAUACUAAACAAGAAGAUUCUGAAUGUAGCUGCCCAAUAUGUGGAAUCAGUUGAAUCCAAUUGUUUCACCCAAUUUCUCAUACUUGGAACGAAGGCCAGCUCGGGGUGCAGAAAGUACCUCCAGAUGGCGGUUGAGUCAUUUGGAGAAUUGGCAGAGGAACAGCAUUCCAUUAUAUUUUUUCAGAUAAUUUUGGAUUCUUUAAAUUUCUCCUCGGCCUCAAUAGCUAAGUUGACUAGAUCUCCCGUCAUUGGAAAAGAGGUAGACAUGCAUAUUAUUGAAGAUUUCAUUUUGGAGCAGCUGAAUCUUACAAAAAGUUCAAUAUUGGAGAUCCAGAGGUUUCAUUCCAUUGCUUCAGAGGUACUUAAGAUGGUUCAGGUUAUCCUGGAUGCCUUAAUAAAGCUAUGUAGGGCAUAUGCUCAAGCCAGCGACUUGGAUUCUUAUAAAUUGAAUAGAAGAAAUGUGGAUUCUGUUACUAGGAUCGAUUAUGCCCGUCAUUUCAUCAGCAUAACAGCAAGCACCAUAGAGAAUUUAUAUGAACUGGGAACUUUUGCGGCUUCAGGUGGAGGGAGCCUGGUGACCAUACUAAAUUUGUCAUGGAAAGGUGUUGUUUCUCUCUUGCAACUGACUAAAGGUAUUCAAGUUGAGAGGCUGAACGUAGGAGACAUUAUACUAUCCCUGGUAUCACUGGCCACCGAAUCUCUACGGUGUGCUACAGAAUCAUGGUCCUCAUUUCCAAGAGAAACAGUGCCGAUCUCUGAUGCUAAAAGGGCAUUUCUACCAAUUAAGUUUUUUCUGAUAAAUGCUGUCCGCAUAUCAUCUGAUUAUCCACGUGAAGCCAUUGGUAUAUUCAAGGAAAUAACUCAAUGUGUUCUAUCUAUCUCGACUUUGAGCGUCUUAUGGGGCAAUGAAAUGCAUCUCAGAUCUGUGAGUGAGGGAUUGGUAGAACUAGUGGAGCCUACCGCACUUCUACUACUGCAUACUCUACUAAAUUCAGCUGAUGUGAAUUCUGAUGGCAGAUGCCAGAUUUUAGACUGGUUAUUCACGGCCCCAAUGAACUCUGAUUUGAUGUGCCUGGAUAAAGGUUUUGUUCCUGAUAGCAUAUCAAUUUCCCUGGAUGGUAUAUUUACUAUGAGUUGUGAUGCUACACCUACAAGUAACAUGUUACUGCUUGGCCGAGUUGUGGUUUUUCUUAAUCUACUCAAAACUUCUCAGGCCCUCAAAGAGGACAUGGUAGUUUCAAUUUCGUGUAAGCUUGAUUGUCUGCUGGAUAUUCUGAUGCACGAAGACAUCUAUGCUUCUAUUCUUGGUUUAGAGAUACCAAUAUCAUGUGGUUCUAGUUCUCCUGGGGUAGUCUGGCAAAUGAUGUUUUCAUUUACUUUACAUACACUGACAACCUUCAUGUUAGUUGCAACUUCUUCACACCUUGCCUGGACACAGGUAGAAACUUUCCUACUCUGUAAUUUCCUCCAUCCACACUUUCUUUGCCAAGAGCUUGUUAUGGAGCUAUGGUGCUUUUUAAUACGUCAUGCAGAAGUAGAUAUGGUCCAUCAUAUGGUUGACGGAUUAUUUUCAAUGUUGAAGACCAUAGCUUCUUCCGAAUCAUCCCUCACACCCUUUUGCCCUUUGAGAAAGAUGACAAGAUCAAUAUGUAUACUGCUUACUCAUGCGAAACCGACCACCAUAGACCAAGUUUUCAAUUCCAUACUAAGUGAUAAUGAUUUUUAUUUAUCCUCCAUCAUUUCCAUGACAUUAAUCUUGGAGGGCUUCCCACUGCUUUCGUUAUCAGAUAAUGUGAAAAUUAUUGCCAAUCAAAAGGUUCAGUCUGAAUUUUGUGGAUUUCUUGAGAAUUAUUUCAAAGAGCAUGAGACAAAAGAUUGCAUAUCUGGAUUACAUGGUUUGCCUGUGUAUGCCCUGUCAUCUGCAUUGCUGUCUUGCCAGAUCAAGGAAUCUUCUAUCAUUGAUGAAAAACUGGCAUCCCAGAUCCUGAGGUUUGCAAUCUCUCUCCUUCACAGUUACAAACAAGCCACCGACAGUACCAAGGAAAAUCAUGCAAAACUUCUGAGCGCAGCGCUGGAUAUAAUCUCAAACAUGAAACAUGUUUAUGCUCGUAAUGAUAUUGGAGAACUCAUCUUGGAGCUGAAAACCCUGUUUGUUUCAUGUUCUUCCACAGAUUCUAAUGCUUUAUUCUAUCAGGUAAAACCUUCUCUUGCUUCCUUCAUGGCAAAGCUGUGUCACAUGGAACUAGCAGAAGGAGAAGACAGCACUCUUUGUUCAGCAAUAUAUGAUUUGUACCAUCUUUUACUGAGGGACCGACAUUGGGCAUUUAUCCAUCUAGCAAUUGCUGCAUUCGGCUAUUUUGCUGCUCGCACUUCCUGGACUGAACUUUGGCGAUUUGUUCCUCAAGAUGCAGCUCUUUCAUUCGAUGUAAACACUGGUCAUGAAGCCAAUGAGGACAGGUUCAUGUCUGAAUUGAAGGCUUAUCUUGAGAAAGAAGUAGCUUUAUCGGCUGUCAUUCCGUGCAAAGAGCAGCUUAGUUGUCUUGCCAAGGAAGGUAUGAUACUAAAGAAAAACUUCAAGAUAGAUAAUAUCAUUCCUCAAGUUAUUCAGUCCGAAAAAAGAAGAAAGCUUCCAAAUGGAAUUGAUGAAGGUAUGGAAUUGUUGCAGAAUGGUUUGAAGGUCAUGAACAAUGCCAUUGCACAAACCGAAUCAUCGGAACUAAAAAGAGCAUUCUCAUCUCAUAUUUCUCGUCUUGAAGAUGUAAUUUCUCACAUGAUAGAUCUCACUAGCAAGUCCUGAUUCUUCAAACCAAGUUUUCACUUCCAAGCGGUAGAAUGGAAGUGCAAGUUGUACAAAAUACUCUUGAUUGAAUGCAAAAGCUAAACAAAAAACAAACAUUGUUAUUGUAAUUAGCAUUGACUUUGUCUCACAUUUUUGGAUUGUAACUUGUUCAAGAGAUCCUAUGAUUUGUCAAAUGAAGCCACAUUUGAGGCUUGCUUGUCUUUGUUCUGUAACUCUUGACUUUUCU